AUGGGCACUAAGGCAAGAGGUCAGACAAAACGGCCCAUCAACCCAUCAUCUAGGACCGUACACCCAUCAUCUAGGCCCGUCAACCAAUCAUCUAGGACCGUACACCCAUCAUCUAGGCCCAUCAACCCAUCAUCUAGGACCGUACACCCAUCAUGUAGGCUCGUCAACCAAUCAUCUAGGACCGUACACCCAUCAUCUAGGCCCCUCGACCCAUCAUCUAGGCCCGUCAUCCCAUCAUCUAGGCCCGUCAACCCAUCAUCUAGUACCGGACACCCAUCAUCUAGGCCCAUCAACCCAUCAUCUAGGACCGUACACCCAUCAUCUAGGCCCAUAAACCCAUCAUCUAGGCCCGUCAUCCCAUCAUCUAGGCCCAUAAACCCAUCAUCUAGGACCGUCAACCCAUCAUAUAGGCCCGUACACCCAUCAUCUAGACCCGUCAACCCAUCAUCUAGGACCGUACACCCAUCAUCUAGGCCCGUCAACCCAUCAUCUAGGCCCGUCAACCCAUCAUCUAGGACCGUACACCCAUCAUCUAGGCCCAUCAACCCAUCAUCUAGGCCCAUCAACCCAUCAUCUAGGACCGUACACCCAUCAUCUAGGCCCGUCAACCCAUCAUCCAGGACCGUACACCCAUCAUCUAGGCCCGUCAACCAAUCAUCUAGGACCGUACACCCAUCAUCUAUGCCCAUCAACCCAUCAUCUAGGACCAUCAACCCAUCAUCUAGGCCCGUCAUCCCAUCAUCUAGGCCCGUCAACCCAUCAUCUAGGACCGUACACCCAUCAUCUAGGCCCAUCAACCCAUCAUCUAGGACCGUCAUCCCAUCAUCUAGGCCCAUCAACCCAUCAUCUAGGACCGUACGCCCAUCAUCUAGGCCCGUCAACCCAUCAUCUAGGCCCGUCAACCCAUCAUCUAGGACCGUACACCCAUCAUCUUUGCCCAUCAACCCAUCAUCUAGGACCAUACACCCAUCAUCUAGGCUCGUCAACCCAUCAUCUAGGCCCAUCAACCCAUCAUCUAGGCCCAUCAACCCAUCAUCUAGGCUCAUCAACCCAUCAUCUAGGACCGUACGCCCAUCAUCUAGGCCCGUCAACCCAUCAUCUAGGCCCGUCAACCCAUCAUCUAGGACCGUACACCCAUCAUCUAGGCCCAUCAACCCAUCAUCUAGGACCGUACACCCAUCAUCUAGGCCCGUCAACCAAUCAUCUAGGACCGUACACCCAUCAUCUAGGCCCAUCAACCCAUCAUCUAGGACCAUACACCCAUCAUCUAGGCUCGUCAACCCACCAUCUAGGACCGUACACCUAUCAUCUAGGUCCAUCAACCCAUCAUCUAGGCCCGUCAACCCAUCAUCUAGGACCGUACACCCAUCAUCUAGGCCCAUCAACCCAUCAUCUAGGACCGUACACCCAUCAUCUAGACCCGUCAACACAUCAUCUAGGCCCGUACACCCAUCAUCUAGGACCGUCAUUCCAUCAUCUAGGCCCAUCAACCCGUCAUCUAGGACCAUACGCCCAUCAUCUAGGCCCGUCAACCCAUCAUCUAGGCCCGUCAACCCAUCAUCUAGGACCGUACACCCAUCAUCUAGGCCCAUCAACCCAUCAUCUAGGACCAUACACCCAUCAUCUAGGAUCGUCAACCCAUCAUCUAGGACCGUACACCCAUCAUCUAUUCCCGUCAUCCCAUCAUCUAGGCCCGUCAACCCAUCGUCUAGGACCGUACACCCAUCAUCUAGGAUCGUCAACCAAUCAUCUAGGACCGUACACCAAUCAUCUAUUCCCGUCAUCCCAUCAUCUAGGCCCGUCAACCCAUCAUCUAGGACCGUCAACCCAUCAUCUAGGCCCGUCAACCCAUCAUCUAGGCCCGUCAACCCAUCAUCUAGGCCCGUCAACCCAUCAUCUAGGCCCGUCAACCCAUCAUCUAGGACCGUACACCCAUCAUCUAGGUCCGUCAUCCCAUCAUCUAGGCCCGUCAACCCAUCAUCUAGGCCAAUAAACCCAUCAUCUAGGACCAUCAACCCAUCAUAUAGGCCCGUAUACCCAUCAUCUAGACCCGUCAACCCAUCAUCUAGACCCGUACACCAAUCAUCUAGGCCCAUCAACCCAUCAUCUAGGACCGUACGCCCAUCAUCUAGACCCGUCAACCCAUCAUCUAGGCCCGUACACCAAUCAUCUAGACCCGUCAACCCAUCAUCUAGGACCGUACACCCAUCAUCUAGGCCCGUCAACCCAUCAUCUUGGCCCGUCAACCCAUCAUCUAGGCCCGUCAACCCAUCAUCUUGGCCCGUCAACCCAUCAUCUAGGCCCGUCAACCCAUCAUCUAGGCCCGUCAACCCAUCAUCUAGGCCCGUCAACCCAUCAUCUAGGCCCGUCAACCCAUCAUCUAGGCCCGUCAACCCAUCAUCUAGGCCCGUCAACCCAUCAUCUAGCCCCGUCAACCCAUCAUCUAGGCCCGUCAACCCAUCAUCUAGGCCCGUCAACCCAUCAUCUAGGCCUGUCAACCCAUCAUCUUGGACCGUACACCCAUCAUCUAGGCCCGUCAACCCAUCAUCUAGGCCCGUCAACCCAUCAUCUAGGCCCGUCAACCCAUCAUCUAGGCCCGUCAACCCAUCAUCAAGGCCCGUCAACCCAUCAUCUAGGCCCGUCAACCCAUCAUCUAGGCCCGUCAACCCAUCAUCUAGGCCCGUCAACCCAUCAUCUAGGCCCGUCAACCCAUCAUCUAGGCCCGUCAACCCAUCAUCUAGGCCCGUCAACCCAUCAUCUAGGCCCGUCAACCCAUCAUCUAGGCCCGUCAACCCAUCAUCUAGGCCCGUCAACCCAUCAUCUAGGCCUGUCAACCCAUCAUCUUGGACCGUACACCCAUCAUCUAGGCCAAUUGCGACCGUCAUCCCAUCAUUUAGGCCCAUCAACCCAUCAUCUAGGACCGUACACCCAUCAUCUAGGCCCGUCAACACAUCAUCUAGGACCGUACGCCCAUCAUCUAGGACCGUACGCCCAUCAUCUAGGACCGUACACCCAUCAUCUACGCCCGUCAACCCAUCAUCUAGGCCCAUCAACCCAUCAUCUAGGACCGUACACCCAUCAUCUAGGACGGUACACCCAUCAUCUAGGACCGUACACCCAUCAUCUAGGCCCGUCAACCCAUCAUCUAGGCCCGUCAACCCAUCAUCUAGGACCAUGCACCCAUCAUCUAGGCCUGUCAUCCCAUCAUCUAGGCCUAGCAACCCAUCAUCUAGGCCCGUACACCUAUCAUCUAGGCCCGUACACCUAUCAUCUAGGCCCAUCAACCCAUUAUCUAGGACCGUCAACCCAUCUUCUAGGACCGUCAACCUAUCAUCUAGGCCCGUCAACCCAUCAUCUAGGCCCGUCAACCCAUCAUCAAGGGCCGUCAACCCAUCAUCUAGGGCCGUCAACCCGUCAUCAGGGGCCGUCAACCCAUCAUCUAGGGCCGUCAACCCAUCAUCUAGAACCGUCAACCCAACAUCAAAGUGGCAUAGAAACUAUGUUGUUCCCAAAGACAUUAAUCGAGCCGAACAAGAUUUUGUCAAAGCAAUUCAAAGUGCAGCCAACCGCUCAAUCCCACUGAAACCAGACACCACAAAGAUCGUUGGUACUAUUUCGAAUGUGUCAAAGAACUCAAUCAUAGACUUAACACAACAAGAAAGCUAUACAAAAAGCAGCCAAGUGACCGCAACAGAACCUUACUUUCUGCUGGCACGCAACUGUUCACCUCAACUCAUGGCCAGCAACUUUUUAUCAUCAGCUCCGGGCCUAUAUCUGGUCAUUAUCAGCUGCUGGCCUGCAACUGUUCAUCGUCAGCUCCAGGCCUUCAAGUGUUCACAAUUAGCUGUUAGCUUGCAACUGUUCAUCAUCAGUUCCGAUCCUGCAACUGUUCACCAUCAUCUUCUCGCCUGCAUCGGUUCAAGAUCAGGUGGUGGCUUCCAUCUGCUCACCAUCAGCACUUAG